AUGGCAGCUGCCAAUUCAACAACAGAAGGAAACCAGAAAAGGAUCACAGAAAUGUACUGCUCGGCAGAAUUUAUUGGGGAUGUCGACAGCGAGCUAAUCUUUCUCUCAGUAUUAAAUAGUUUAUUGUCUAUUACCGCGUUUUUGGGCAACGCGCUUAUCCUAGUCGCUCUUCACAAGGAAUCUUCGCUUCAUCCUCCAUCCAAACUCCUGUAUCGUAACCUGGCGAUAGCUGAUCUCUGUGUUGGUAUCAUUGCACAGCCUGUAGAUGUUGCCAAUUGGAUGUCUGCGGUGAACGAAGGGUGGACUAUCUGUUAUCAUACAGAAUUAACAGCUUUCAUUACAUCUCAUAUUUUGUGCUCUGUGUCCCUGUUGACAUCGACAGCAAUAAGCGUGGACAGACUUCUCGCGCUUUUGCUGAUGUUGAAAAUACAGGCAAGUUGUAACUUUGCGAAGAACAUAUUUUAA